AUGUUUUCCCUCUUUUCUACCAAUAAUUCGUUGAAUCACCUCCUCAUAACACGUCACGUCUCGACGUUUUCCCUCCGCGUCGCUUUUGGUUUCGUCAAACUUGCACUACCCAUAAUGUCUCUUCUGUCUCGUCUACUUCCCAGAGCCGCUGGUCUUUCUCGUGUUGCCCGGAGCACACAUACUGCUCAUAGAAUAUGGGUGCCUCGCGCCAUGUACUCGUCUGGCGGUGGACUGACGCGUCAAGUCAUCACGUCUCGCAUCCUUGAGACACUCAAGGGCUACGAGAAAAUUGACCCAGCGAAACUGACCCCAACAGCCUCGUUUUCGCAAGACCUUGGCCUGGAUAGUUUGGACGCGGUUGAGGUCGUGAUGGCCGUGGAGGAGGAGUUCUCCAUUGAAAUACCCGAUGCUGAGGCGGACGAGAUCCAGACAGUUGCACAAGCCAUUGACUAUAUCGCCAAAACACCUGAAGGUCCGAUCGUCUUCUUGAUCCAUCGUACACUCUUUCCGGCUAACCAGUUGUCUCUUCCGAUUUGCAGCUCACUAAUGGACUGGAGCUAG